CCGAACGCACGUGGGAUUACAAUCGAGAGCCCAACUUCCUGCUGGACACAUUUGCAGUUGUCAAAUGUUUUAUUUUCUUUCGUUGUCCUCAAUAUUAUGACUUCUUCAACAGAUCUGACAAUAGUUUAAGUCUAUCGCCUGAAUAAACAAGAUGCCUCCAAAAUUCGUUCGUAAUCCUGGCAGUGGUGACUAUGCUACUUCUAGAAGUGCCGAAACUAGGGCUUUGCUAGAGGCUGGAUCAGAUGAGGAAGAUUUCUUCUUACAAGGCCCCUAAUGUGAAAACCAAUUCCCUGAGGGAAGACCCCAAUAUAAACAGACUCCAGAAUCAAGUUGAUGAUGUUGUUGGCAUUAUGAAGGAUAAUAUGGGAAGAGUGAUUGACCGUGGCGACCGCCUGGAGGAUUUACAGGACAAAUCUGAUAGUUUGGCCAGUAACUCUGAUCUAUUUCGUUCGCGUUCACGUGACCUGAGAAAAAGCAUGUGGUGGAAAAACUGUAAGAUGAAGAUUAUCUUGGCGCUGGUGAUUGUAGUUAUACUGGCUGUGAUAAUCAUUCCUAUCAUCAUGAGCCACACGGGAAACAACGAGUAGCGGAGUCUUGGUAGCUGGACAGUUGUGAUUGUGAGGGGUGGUUUUUGAGAGCUGGUGGAGGUGUGCUGGAGGGCUUUGGAUCUGCUAUCAACAUUACAUUGCCGGAGGAAAGGUGGGGCGACACUCACCUUAUCUAGGUUACCUCCCUUCCCCAGGCAUCCAAACUGUUUAUACGCUUUAUUUAAAUGUGAAUUUCGUAAAUUUGUAAGUUGGCCAUAUCACAUGUUAAGACUUUGUCCUUUUCUGUUGCUUCUACUGAAAUUUGUAAUUUCAACUGUAUUUUCAAGAUGAAAUAUCCAUAGUCAUGAUAGUUCUAUUACUGAAUACAUGUGGAUAUUACCCUGUAAUUCUAUGGAUGUUACCUCGUAAUACUGUGGGCGUUACCUUGUCAUUUCCCCUUGUCAGUCUCUGGGAGUACUGUGCAAUUCUCCACUAUAAUUAUAAACACAAAUAUAUAUAUAAAUUGAAGGUGUAUAUUUCGUAUGAGUGAUUAUGAAAUAAUUAGAGAUGUAUAUUUUUUGUCGGUGCGUUUAAUAUUGUAAAUCCUCGGGUGAGAAUAUUGAAUCGACAUCAAAAUUUUUGUUGUAGAUGUCGCCCCUAUGUAGUUUUAAUUAUCACCAUUUUAUGUCCCGUGGUCCACUGUUCGUACUGUUUAUGUGGUUAAUAUGUCAUAUUGUUGCGCUAUCUUGUUAGGCUUUAUAAAAAUUGUGUUGACUCGAGAUCAAACUUAAUUAUUACAUUAUAUUUUAUAUCGACGAGUGUAAUUGUUCGUUAUAUUGUUCUGACGAUUGUAUAACAUAAGUACAAGUGUCUAUUUGACGAUUGUGUAACUUAAGUACAAGGCUUUAUUUGACGAUUAUGUAACUUAAGUGCAAGUGUCUGUUUGACGAUUGUCUAACUUAAGUACAAGGCUCUGUUUGACGAUUGUGUAGCUUUAUUUGACGAUUGUGUAACUUAAGUACAAGGCUUUAUUUGACGAUUGUGUAACUUAAGUACAAGGCGCUUAUGUAACUCAUAUGACGAUUAUGUAACUUAAGUACAUGGCUCUAUUUGACGACUGUGUAUCUUAAGUACAAGUGUCUAUUUGACGAUUGUGUAACUUAAGUACAAGGCUUUAUAUGAAGAUUGUGUAACUUAAGUACAAGUGUCUAUUUGAUGAUUGUUACAGCUUUAUGUCAAUUUCCCGACUUUCUUAAUUUUCACAAUUACAUUUACUUUAACUGAUAAGAUGUAAAGUAGCAGUUUGAUUUCUUUAAGAUUGAUUUCGUAACUUGAUGUACUUUUAUUAUGACAUUUAUGACAUCUGACCACAUUAAUUUCAGUUGCCAUCGCUAAUGAAUAGCUUUAAUUUGACGAAGUCAUAAUAUGCCGUUGGAGUCUAGAUUCGCACAUGUAUUUUCGAUUUUACAUUUAAUUAAUUUGAUAAUUUAGAACAAAUUGUAAUGUAUAUAUGGAGUAAUCGCCUAGUAAUGUGACUGCCUGGAACAUAGAGAACACUUGUUCUAAAACAUUGUUUACCGCUGCUGUCUGAGGAAUGUCAGGUCACAUGAAACAUUCUAUCACGUUGUUGAGCGUUUUGAUAUAAAUACAUGAUGUAGUUCAUUUGAUACACCGACAGUAAAUAAGAAACAUAA